CGAAGCAAUUAAAUGAGUCCUCGAUCCACUACCACUCAAAAUGGAGAAAGAAUUGGGGGAGUCCAGAACCAGGGACCAUAGUUUAAGAAUAAGUGGUAAGCCAUUUGGAACAGAGAUGAGGAAAAGCUUCUUCACACAGAGAGUUGUGAGUGUGUGGCAUUCUCUGCCUCAGAGGGCGGUGGAGGCUGGUUCUCUGGAUGCUUUCAAGAGAGAGUUAUAGAGCUCUUAUGGAUAGCGGAAUUAGGGGAUAUGGAGAGAAGGCAGGAACGGGGUACUUAUUGUGGAUGAUCAGCCAUGAUCACAUUGAAUGGCGGUGCAGGCUCGAAGGGCCGAAUGGCCUACUCCUGCACCUAUUGUCUAUUGUCUGUAAUGUUUUAGUGUUAGUUUGGAGAUACAGCAUGGAAACAGAGCCUUCGGCACACCGAGUCCAUGCUGAUCAUCGACCACCGGUCACAUUACUUCUCUGUUAUCCCAACUUUCCCUUCCACUCACUACACACUAGGGGAAAUUUACAGAGGGCCGAUUAACCUACAAACCUGCACAUCUUUGGGAUGUGGGAAGAAACCGGAGGAAACCCACGCGGUCACAGGGAGAACAUGCAAACUCCGUACAUACAGCACACAAGCCCAGCUCUCUGGCACUGAGACAUCAGCUCUCUGGCACUGAGGCAUCAGCUCUACCAGUUGCACCAGUGAAUAAAUUCACUGGUCAGUAUUUGCAUAUUUGCUCAUAUUUCAGCUGUUUAUAAUUUGUGGACCAUUUCUGUUCCUCAUCAGCCUUACCUUGUCUCCAACAGGUUGAGGCACCUGUGGACCUUACAUCAGCUAAUGUGCGGGUGUCUGCUCACUGCCGCCCUCAACUGGGCAAUGAUGGUACAGCGGUUUGGGUUUGAUUUCAGAAACCUGCACUUCUGAAAUCACUCACUCUUAUGUAACAUGAACUUCCCGGAACACCAAUCUCGACAGGGAUGAAAGGCAACAAGGAAGAUGCCAGAUGUCUACAAAGUGAAAGACGCUGAGAGCUGCAGAGAGCGGGCAAUUCUUUAGUCGGCCUGAGCAGCAGAAGAGCUGGGAGUCACAACUUAAUAGCAGAACAAAGGAAAGAUGCCAAGCAGGAGAAUGUGGACAUGAGGGCCAUCUGCAGGUUACGUGAGUGGAUUAAGGGCCACCCUCAGGUGUUAUCCAGUGACUCCACAGCCGGCUACCAAGAUGCUGACAUGGACAUAGUGGUGCUGGAGAGGAGUGUCAGCACUAGACUGGGCAACCUGUACCAGAAGGAUGCAGAGUCGUUGCUGCCCAAUGGCCACAGGACGGCCAGCCCCACUGACCUGCACCCAGCGCUGCGGACCCACAGCUCACAGCCCCUACACAUACCUGUCCACAGGCAGCUGAAGGAGGAGGAAUUCCGGACGGCCUCACUCCCAACUAUUCCCAAUCCCUUCCCGGAACUGUGCAGCCAUCCCAGCUCACCGACCUUCAGCAGUCCCCACCCUCCCAGCACCAGAGACACGCACGUCAUUACAGUGUUCAGUGAAGACGGGAUGCGGAGGUCGCUGGGGGUCAGAGCCGCGGUGACUGCCCGGGACAUUUGCUGUCAGCUGGUGGACAGGCAUCGCUGUGUGGACAGGGACACGUGGGCACUGGUGGAGUGUCACCCCGACUCAGCACUGGAAAGGUGUUUGGAGGACCACGAGCUGCCGGUGGAGGUCCAGUCUACGUGGCCCGUCAACAGCAGGAACAAGUUUAUCUUCAGGAAGCACUAUGCCAAGUACGAGUUCUUCAGGAACCCCCAGUCUGAUGGUCACAUUUCUCCUCCACAGACAUUCUUCCCGAUGCAAAUGCUGGCAGGAAGUCUGGAAGCUGAUGCAGGAAUUCCACAAGCUCAGCUAACACAGAAUUUCCUGAAUGUCAGAAGCUGCCCAGAGAUACAGGGGUUUCUCCAUCUGAAGGAGAAAGGAAAGAAAACUUGGAGAAGGUUGUAUUUCUUCCUGAGGAGAUCGGGGUUCUACUACUCUACCAAAGGCACGUCCAAGGAGCCAAGGCACCUGCAGUACUUUGCUGACGUGAAUGAAAGCAACAUCUACACGGUGACCAGCAGGAAGAUGUACAACUCACCCACUGACCAUGGCUUCUGUGUCAAGGGAGUGGCAGUGACUGACAAGAGGCUGCUGUGCUGUGAGGAUGAGCAGAGUCACAAGUGCUGGAUGACAGCAUUCCGGCUGCUCAAGCUGGGCCCACAACUCUGCCUCAACUACCAGUUAUCACAGCAGAAAAAUGCACAGAAAUCGUGGAACGAACCUGCUGUGGGUCGCGGGCCGGAGACAUGCCUGGUGCCCAUGGAUUUCUCGGGGUGCACGGGACGGGUGAUCGAGAACCCCAGUGAGGCCUCGUUGGUGGCGGAGGAGGAGGGGCUGGCCUGGAGGCAGAAGAAGGGAGUUCAACGCCACAGCCUGCCCAGCCUGUGCCAGGACUCUGGGCUCAGUACAGCGAUACACAAGAGCCAGCCUUGGUUUCACGGACGUAUCUCGAGGGAAGAGGCACACAGACUGAUUGUCCAACACGGCCACAUUGAUGGGGUUUUCCUGAUGAGGGAGAGCCAGCGGACCCCCAAGAGCUUUGUACUGUCCCUGAGUCACCAUCACAAGACCAAGCACUUCCUGGUUGCACCGUGUGAGGAAGAUGGACAGAUGUUCUUCACGAUGGACACGGGCCAGACCAGGUUCAAUGACCUGAUUCAACUGGUGGACUUUUACCAGAUCAACAGGGGCGCCCUGCCCUGCAGCCUGAAACAUUACUGUACCCGCGUGUCCCUGUAGUGAGGGUGGCUCACACUUACACACACACACGCACACGCACACACACACUCACGCACACACACUUAC